AUGGAAAAAAAAGUUUUCAAUAUUUUUAACUUUAGAAAGAAUAAGAGUGAAAAUACAGCCAAUAAUGUCAACGAUUUUUCUGAACUCACUAGUACAUGUGGUAUCAGUAGUACAAGUGGUACUUUAGAUGAAUUAUCUGAUUGUAAUAAUACAUUUACAUUAGAUCUUGGGGAUUUAAAUUCUGGACCGAUGAGACCAAUAUUAAAGGCUUACCCCAAAACUCAAUUUGGAUUGCAAAAACGUGCCUUUUCAAGUGCUUAUUACCAAAACCAUGAUUGGCUUGAAUAUAGCUUGGAGAAAGAUGCGAUAUUCUGCUAUGCUUGUCGCCUAUUCUCUAAUUCAUCAGGACAUAAUGAAGAAACAUUUACAACUCUUGGGUUUAAAAACUGGAAAAAAUUGAGUGGGAGUAAAGAUUCAAAGUCCAAACAUUCUAAGCUUGAAUUACAUAAUAUAAGUGAACACCACUUGAAUGCUAUGUCAAAAUGGUCAGCAUUUAAAUCGACAAAAAAAAACUGGCUCGAUUCAAAAUGA